AUGCCGCUGCCAUACACCCCCUAUAAGCUGGCGACAGCAUCGCUUGCGGCUCAAGCAUCACCCGCAGCCAGCCAUGGCCGCGAUGAAGAUGCCAUUGCCGUUCCCACUCCUCAGCAUCCAGGUGUCGACAACGAACCCGAACCCAUCAGCGUCGCUCACCAUCACGCCGUAGAUGCUCGUCUCUACUUUCCUUCGUCUUCAUUCAGCACCGCCUUCGACGGCGGCUACGUUCUCGCCCGUGUCGUUGCGGGAGGUCGCGAGUUGCAGCUGCUCUGGUCGACUAUCGAGGACCAGGAUGCUGCUGCGGGGCCCUCUUCCAAGGCGCUUGCCACGAAACAGCACACCUUCUCAGCAUCGCUCAGUCCAAAGCUGGCAUCGGAGUCAGCACGCACUUUCCUCUUUCCAGCGCCGUUGCUUCCUGGUCUGGGCCUGUUCUCCGAUCCGGCUUCCAACCGCCUAUAUGUGAUUGCAGUUACCACCACCGGCUAUCUCUACCGACUCGUCUUCUCCGCACCCCAUCUCUUCCACGACGCACGACUGGCAUCCGACUGGUCAUCUGAAUACCGCAUCCAGCACAUUGCCUCAUCUGACUCGGUUCUCACCACCUCGAUUCGUGGCGCAGCAAACGCAGCUCAGCUCUACGUCGUCGAUUCCGGGCUUGCUCUCGUCACAUGCGCGGAUGGCACCAUCGUCAAACUCAGCCGCUCCAUCUCUGGAUCCAGAGACGCAAACGACGGCGCGUGGAGGGAGAGCGUUCUCCGACCAACCUCGUUCCUCUCUGGUGUUUCUCGCUUCUUUGGCAGAUCCAAUGCCAUCUCGGAUUCCGAGUCCUCUCCCACCUACGCCCUCUCCCUCGACGUCUUCCCCGGAGAAGUUGGCAGUGCUAUGGCGUUCGCUGCAAGCCGUGACCGCAAGCUCCGGGUGUGGAACUUGCUCACCGACUCGUGCAUCCGUACCAUCGACCUUCCUCUGCAGGUGGAGUCAGCGACAUCCAACGAGAAGCAGUUAAUCGUUGCCGAGGACGACAGGUCCUCAACUCUCGAGGCGUCCGAGACACAAGCCUACUUCAGCACCGUGUCCCGACCUUUCGUCAAAGUGUUCACACCUGGGUCCAACGAUAAAGACGGCUACGCGCUCUACGUUCUCGCCUACAUCCCGGCCUCGCCGCCCUCUGGCAACUUCUUCGCAUUGUAUGGCGUCGAGCUCGAAGACACAAAGGGUUCCUCUGGAGGACUUGGCGAGGUGACGCUCUUGUGGCAGAAGCGCUGCGAUGCCGAAACACGCGGCCGCAACGUCGAGCUUCGCGACGUCGUCUUCACCCCUCAAGGCGAGCGUGGGGAUGGCUGGGUGAUGUGGGCGCUUUGGGAUGCUGGCGCCGGUCCCGUUCUCAAAUAUGCCAAAGUCGGUGUCGAAGCUGCCAACCCUGACGAGAGCUCCAUGAGCGUGCGAUCUGUUGCCGAAGACCUUUCCAAGGACGAUUGGAGGACCGUCUCCUCGGAGCGCGUCUACAGACCCCUCCACGGCGAGGACUUUGAGGCGACGCUCGAAGCGACAAAGGAGGUCAUCGACGCCGCAGACAUCUUUCUCGAUCGGGUGCUCGAGCCUGGCCGUUUCUCUGAGGCCACUCUGCGACUUGCGCUUUCGACAUACAAGGAAGUUGCAUCGUCUACGGUUCAUGCCCCAUCAACCUUGUUCGCCAGUCUCCGAGACGAGGUGGCAUCUGUCGUUGCUAGCGGCUGUCGUCUCGAGAACGACCCGCGAACGGGCGGGCCAAUGUACGAGAAGCUCUAUGCUUCGCGUGUCCGCGAGUGGAUGCGCUUCGUCGGCCUUGCAGAGCAGAUCGAGACGGCCGCGCGCUGGCCGAUCGGCUUGUCGCUUCCAGCCGGCAGCUUCGACGGGGCCAAGGAAUCCAGCGAAGCAGUUGUGCCUCUGGUGAUUGGCCGAGACACGAUCGCACUGCCUAUCAAUGAAGAUGAGGCCAGCGUCGUCGAGCGUCUGCAACGGACCCUAUUUGCGACACAUAGCAAGCCCCGCUCGGGCACGUCGCUUGCCGCCGACUCUGCUGGCGAAGAGCGCGCUCUACUCAUCCACGCUGCGGAUUCACACCCGACCAACAUCCUCCCCACGCUUGGUCGAACGUCUGCUACCGUGGCCGAAGUGCUGACCUUGGUGGAGUCCGCCUCGGAUCUCGCCGCCUGCUUCACUGCCCCUGAACUGGAAGCGUUCGCCGCUGGUCUACAAAACCUGCUGUCCGAGCCCCUCACGGUUUCCGUCAAAGAGGCCAUCGCCGAUGUCUGGAGCAACAACUUUGCCUCGCUCGGUGGCGAGGAGGCGAGCGAAAUCGUUGCCCGUAUUGCCUCCGACCUCGGCGCCAGCCUCGAUAGCACGUUGACAGAUAUGGCAAUCUUGCUGAGCGAGACCACCAGCCACGCCGACAAACUUACUUCAGCAAGCUCAAUUGCUUCCACCGACUUGGGCUCUGCGGUCACAGCAGACGCGCUGAUCCAGACCCUCGCUUCGCGCCAUCGCCUCGCGGUUUCGUUCAUGCUCCUGCUCACCGCCUUAGCUGCGGAGGACAGGAUGGCGGAUCUCGUCGAAAACGAGAGCAGGCAGAUCGGUGCUGCGCUCAGCAUCUUCCAGUCGCUCAGCGCUGCUCUGCAGCUGGCACGUACGGAUGCUGCGGUCCAAGUCGCCGGCAGCAUCAAUGAUGCAGCCGAAACGGACUCGAUCGUGGCCAAGCUCAACCAGAUGUCGGUGGCCGGACGCAAGAGUCGCGAGCCGCACCACUUCACCGCCCCGACGCUGCUGCACCAGUGCGUGCGCGACGAGCUUCUGAACACGUCCAAGGCGACUGGAAAGACGGGCGCACUGAGCCUUUCGGUCAAGUGGGCCGUGCUCAGCAGCCUCUGGUCUCUCGGCCUCACCGAUCUGCGGGAAUCAUUGCCCGCUGGAGCAAAACCGUUGUUGCCCUACCUCACCGACCGACACACUUCAGUUGCAUUCGCCAUCUUGGUUCAAGGCUAUCCGUUGGCGGCCGAGACGUUCCUCGCUAGCUUCCCAGAGACGCCGGCUGGCGAGUACGUUCGAGCGCGCGCGCUCGUGCAGAUGCAGAGACUCGACGACGCGAGUGAAUCGUUCGAAAAGGUGGUCAGCGCGCUCGAGCUACCCAACAGCACCAGAAGUCGGGCGGCAAGCGGGCUGUUCGAACUGCUUCCCUCCUCGAUCGUGCUUGCCGAAGGAGAGGAGCGCGUUGCCGCAUACUAUCGCCAUGUGGCGCUCUUCUUUGAGCCGUUCGAGGCGAUUGAGCACGUCAUCCGGUUCUGCCAGGCAAGCAUCGACGCCGUUGGAACCUAUGCGGACGACGGACCGGCGAAAUUGGGCUUGGGCGAGGCAGGAACAGACGCCACCAAGGCGUCUGCACCCAAGGAAGUGUGGUUCAAGAUCUUCCGCUGCCAGCUCGCGCUCGACGACUUUGAGGCAGCGUAUGCCACGGUCAUGGCGACGCCGUACGAGGGCGUGCGGAAGGAUUGUCUCCGCAACCUCGUCAGCGUCAUGUGCGAGGAGGGACACAUUCAGCCCCUGCUUCACUUUACCUUCCCGGGUCUGCAGAGCGAGGUGGAAAAGACGCUCUCUUUCAAGGCACGCAACUCGGAUCCAUUGUCGGUGCCCAACUACUACGCGGUGCUGUACUCAUAUCACGUCUUCCGUGGCGAUCUCAAGUCGGCGGGAGCGGUCAUGUACCAGCACGCCGAGCGACUGGGCGAGCUGCACCGGUCGGUCUCGGCGAGAGGCGACGGGAUCGACCCGCUGGAGCGCUUCAUGGUCGUGGCGGUGGAGCAGGCGCAGAGCUAUCUGGCCUCGAUCAAUGCGCUGACCAUGCUGCAACACGAGAAUGCGUGGUUUGCGCACGCGGCGGAUGCCUCGCACUCGGAUGCGGCGGACGGCAGCGAGUCGCUGUUCGAGCCGUCGACGUCCGUGCGUGCUGGUGCGGCGGCGGGCAAGCAGACAAGCAGCCUCACGCGGUACAUCCCCGCGUCGGCGUACAGCAAGCGUGUGCGCGAGAUCAGGGUGGUGUCGGUGGACGAUGUGCGACGCGAGUACUCACUGGCGCUGGCCAGGCUCGAGCUGGUCAAGCGCUAUCCGGAUCUGGCGUACUCUACGACGGUGCUUCGACCGUCGGAUGCGGUGCUGCUCUUUGUCAACAGCGACUCGUUCGACUCGGCGUUCAACAUGGCAUGGAGCUUGGGCGUCGACAUGACGCCCAUCUUCGCCGCACUGACGGUCAAGGCCGUGGCAUUGUCGAGGGCCAAGCUGGAACGCGAUGCACUCAAGCGCAAGGGCGGCGCCGAGGCUGCGAACGGUACUGGGGAUGACGUUCACCCGGAGAUCGCUGAGCUCUUGGAGGCGGAUGAAGACCUGUUGGAGCCGGAAGCGGUGUUCUUGACGCUGUCAGAAAAGUCGGCGAGCUGGGCGGGGUGUGCUGCAGACCGCGCCUGGAGGUUCGUGCGCUACCAUUUGGAGAUGUACGAUUCGGAAGAGGACGGCAAGUACUACCGGGUGGUGCUGUCGCGCAUCUCGGCGCUGGACCAUGCGGUGACGCCGGAGUGGUUGACCGAGUGGUUCACCCGCACGCACAACAGCGACGUGCUGCUGCGCAUCUGGAUCCAGCACCAGCUGGUCGUCGAAGCGGCGCAGUUUGCCACCAAGUGGCUGCAGGACGCCACGGCUGAGGCCAACAGUCUGACGCGCGCCCACGAGCAGUACAUCUCGAACCACAUCAUCGACACGCUUCUGGUCAAUCUGGACGCCAAGACAGGCACCGUUGUCGCGUCGAAACGCGAGCAGGCGGCCAAGGCCAAGGUGGCACUGCAACAGGCGCGCAAGAAGCACAUUGAGGCGCUGGCGGCUCGCUCGAGGACGCUCAAGCGACAGGCGGAACAGGAUGCGUUCCGACAGGAGAAGCGGCGCGAACAGCAGCAGCAGCAGCAGGGGGAAGCGUUUUCUAGAUCGGCGGCUGGCCUGCGUGCUUUCUAA